UGGGGAAUUAUUUUCCUUUCACUUUAACAAUAAGGGAAAAACAGUAACAUGAAUAUCAUGUGUGAGGGCAGGGGCGGACUGACAACUCAUGGGGCCCCCGGGCAAUAGGGAAUCAUGGGGCCCAUAUGUCCUUGCCCAAACUCAAAAAAGCCUAUGAAAAAGGUACCAGGGGCAUCUCUUGGGGGCCCCUGCUGACCCCAGGCCCUCGGGCAGUGCCCGAGUUUCCAAAUGGUCAGUCCGCCCCU